CUGCAGCGCAUGUCAUGAAGAGCUUAUUUUCUUUUGGAACACCAGCCGAAUUGGUCAUCUCCAUCACGGGGGAAGAUUCACGUCGAAAGGAAGGGGAGUUGUUGGUGUUCACGCCGACCGAUGACAUCAGCGGCGUUUUGCGCGUGACUGCCAAGAAGCUCGACCAUGGAGGGGUCAAGGUGGAACUGAUUGGUGUGAUUCAAACCACAGUGGACAAGGGCUCUCAAUUUGAAUUCACGUCAUCCGUCCGUGCUCUGUCGCAGUCGGGCACCCUCGACGGGUCCGAGGAAUUUCCCUUUGCCUUUGUGAACGUGGAUAAGCCGCACGAAUCGUACUACGGCAAGAGCGUGAAGCUGCGGUACUUCGUCCGCGCCACGGUCGUUCGUAGCUAUGCCCCAAACUUGACAAAGGAACAAGAUUUUCUCGUCCAGUCGACGGACGUCGCCCCCGAGCUCAACAGCACCAUCAAGAUGGAAGUAGGAAUUGAAGACUGUCUGCACAUUGAAUUCGAGUACAACAAGUCCAAGUACCACUUGCAGGAUGUUGUGGUGGGCAAAGUAUUCUUUUUGCUUGUCCGCAUCAAGAUCACACACAUGGAGCUUGCGAUUGUCCGUCGUGAGUCGUCGGGGUCGGGCCUCGAUAAACUAACGGACACGGAGACCGUGACCAAGUUUGAGAUUAUGGACGGCGCCCCAGUCAAAGGCGAGUCCAUUCCCGUGCGACUCUUCCUUGGCGGCGUCGCUCUCACUCCCACGUACAAGAACGUCAACAACAAGUUCUCUGUCAAGUACUUUUUGAACCUCGUCCUCGUCGACGAGUCCGAUCGACGUUAUUUCAAACAGCAAGAGAUCACGCUCUGGCGCAAACGAGCGUAAUGGUUAUGCAAAGCGCGUAAACUACAUUUCUCAAGCAUUAGUCGAGACUUGGCCCGUCGACAUUUGUCGGCAGUUCCUGCGGCGGCACGACUCGAGGAUAAUCCGUCGAGACGACUUCGUGUUUGGACGAAAUCGCCAGCAGCGCCGGGUGCGGCUGCCCAGCAACCAAGUAUUUAAGCACCG